UAUCCAUGGGCAAGAAACGACAGGCCGGACCGCAGGAGCAGAGAAACGGAAACCCCCCGGUGUCACUGCACCCAAUCCGCUACCCGCCAUCGACCAUCGUUUCCUCCAUUCCUGUGGGAUUCGGACUCGCGCAUCCAUUGUUUUCGUCUCUUGCCCCCCUAAUAAAGCCCCCGCCGCGGCCAAGAACCCGAGGAGCGGCGGGAGCGGAUGCCGCGGCGCGCUCCGCCGUGCCCGUCGUGCCUUCACCUUCUCCUCGUUGGCGCUGUCCAGAUCGCGGAAGUUUGCUGGUACAGUGGAUGGUUUUGUAACUGGUAAAAGUAAUGGCUGCUGCUGAAGCAAGGGCUGCUUGGCAACGCGCUGCAAACCGUUGCCUGGUUCAGGAGGAUAGAAAGAGAGCCCCAAAACUAGCCUGCUGUCCAUCGUCAUCAUCUGAACAACAUGGUACAAACAAUGGAAAUUGUAGAAAUUCUGAAUAUCGUCCCAUCUCCAAUUUCAUGCCUUUGAGCUGGAAUCCCAUGAAUUCUAAUCUGCCACCAGAUAUCAGAUGGUGGCUUCAGUUACAACCGAAUUUUGGGGUCCAGAAGGAUCUUGCUAGUGGGCAUCUAUGUUGUUUGGGUAGGGACAUAGAUGAGAAGGAAGUGGAGGAUUCAGCAGCAAAGCCUAAACACGAGGAACUGUUACUUUGUGAAGCAGUUGACACCAGUGCUGAGAAGAGUGGUGAUGUUUUUGAGCCUUCGUGGGUGGUUUCGACAGCUUUCAUGAAAUAUUCUUCUGAAACAGGUUCAGAACAGCUGAAGACCGUUGGUGACUAUUCUCAAGUGUCCAAGUGCAGAGGAACUGUCAGCAAUUGUUUGUAUGAGGACAAAGAAUUUCCGGAUUUCAAAAGUUUUGACCCACCACCUUUGAAGAACCCACAGAAUUCUAAUUUUGAUAUGGAUGCACCUUGGAAAGAAGGUGAAAAGACUCGACCAUGGUGGCAGAUUGCUGAUGAAAAUGAGCUAGCUUCACUGGUUGCAGAAAGAGCAACACAGCGCAUUGAGAACUGUGAUCUGCCAAGACCUGCCCAUGCAGUACCUGUUCACUGGACAGAAUCACGUACUCAAGAAAAUAUAGGUGAUUAUGGGGGACCAUCAUCUCCUAAUGUUUCUUGGGAACAACAUGAUAGGUAUGAUACAUAUAGUGAUUCACAAGAUUUUUGUAGCAGUAGCAAUACUGGAUCGGAAAGCAAACAAACAUUCCAGAAUGCAUCGGAGCGGGGUCAGAUUUUGGAGGCACUUCGUCAUUCGCAAACCCGUGCCAGGGAAGCUGAGAUGGCUGCCAAGAAAGCGAACUAUGAUAAAGACGAUGUCGUCAAUCUAUUGCUCCGGCAGGCCUCACAUCUCUUCGCGUUCAAUCAGUGGCUGAAAAUAUUGCAACUAGAGAAUAUUGGCCUUCAGCUCAAGCACAAAGAGCAUCAGAUAGCAACCAUGAUACCUGAACUUCCAUGGCUAACUCUAAAGGAGAAGCCUACGCUGGGUCAAGAGCAGAAAGAUGGGAUAAGGAGGAAAGGUAGAAGGCAGAAGAAGGCAGGCAGCUUCUUUGAUGCGAUCUUAUUUGCUGUGGGUUUAGGUUUCGCUGGUGCUGGGUUUCUUCUUGGCUGGACUCUUGGGUGGCUGCUGCCAAAGUUGUAAAGUUAUUGGUAGUUCUCCUGUGAGGCUAGCUAGCUUGGCAUAUAUUUUGCUUUGUAUGAUCCAUUGAUGGAAGCUCUAGGUACACCCUUCAAGAAAAUAGAGUCAAAUGAUGAAAAUGUUAGACCCUAGAAUCUGUUGAUUUGGACGUCAUGCUGGUUCAAAGACACAUGAAUGUCCGUACUGCACAUGGAGCGUUUCUUUUGUAAAUUUGUGUGGACUUGGUGUCUCUGAAUAUUUUGUACAUAUGGAUCAGUCUUGAAACUGUCAUCUCUCGGGGUUCAACAUA